CAAAAAGUAACCCAGUGACCAAAUCGUAAGACUGCUGUGUGAGUUGCUUUCCCCCCAGACUUUUGUUCGUAAUCAAUUGUUUGAGUUACUACUUAUACCUUCAGAAUGUGGCAUGAGUACCAACAUUCCUACUCAACGUCUGGGCAGUUGCUCAAGGGUGACUGAUGACAGAUCGACCCUGAUCUCAUGGCAUGUUCAGCUAGCUGCUGAUGCCUACAUGCCUUGACAACAAGCCAUGUAGCCACCCUCUUUUCAAUUUUGCGCGCAACGGUCGCGUCGAGGGAUGAAUCACGACGCGUAAUUUGAGCACAACGCGCCCACAAUUGACGAACUCUGAAGAGGUAGACCUUGGUUGCUGCUGAUCUGGCCACCUGCAUUCGCACCUAGCCAGCUAAUCAUUCACCUGACUAGUUAACGAGGCGGACCGCUCCCGAUCCGAUGUCUUCACCCCCAUCUUCACCUCAAGCCAUACGGGCCGAACCGGACUCUCCACCGGCUCAACACGACAGCCUAUCCAUAUUCACCCCCGUCAAACGAAAUCCGGGGAACCCCCUCUUCCUCCCUUCACCCAGCUCGACGGCGAGUCCUUCACCGGCCAAACGACCCAGACUAGAUUUCGGUCGAGACCGGAGCAGUGCAGAAGCUGGACCGUCCAGGUCUCGAGGUGUUCCUGCCUCUGCUCGUCCCCGCGAUAGCAAUGGCGAUCGUGGUCGGAACGAUCGUCCACUUGCUCAAGAAGCCCCGGAAGACAUCCUCGCUCUCUUUGACGACUCUGACGACGAUCGCUCAGACCAUGGUCUCAACCGUGCGAAUCUGACUAUCCAGCAUGGAACGGAAGAAGGCGGGCUGAACGGGAACGCCAUGGAUCCUUAUUCCAUGGGGAACGGAGCCGGGACUUUGAUGGGCAGAGAUCUCGGCAUGGACAGGGCUGGGUCGGACAAUGAAGCCGACGAUAGAAAAGGAGGAGAGAAGAAAAGAAGGGUGAUGCCCAAGAUGGACCACGACAGGUUGCUGGACAAGAACGGGUUUCCGGCAUUGAUAAAAGAAGCUAAGCGGUUUAAAAUCAAGGGCAAGGGUCACGAGGCCACGGACCUGUCGAACCUGCUCGAGAUGUACCGUCUGUGGGCGCACAAGAUGUACCCAAAGAUGACGUUUGGAGAUACGGUCACCAAGGUCGAAUCGCUCUGUCACAGUCGGUUGAUGAGCAGCACGCUCAGUCGGUAUAGGGAAGAGGCUAAACGGGAAGCCGAGGAGAGAGAUCGACCGCCAGCAAUCCCGCUCGAGUUGAAUGCCAAUGAAGAUGAAGACGGGUCGAGGGAACGGGCGGUUGGUCGACCAGCCGAAGAGGAUCACGAGGACGAGGGUCGGGCUUCCUCGCCCUCGAUCCCACGGGAUCUGCAGGACAAUCCCUUCCUCUCACCACGGUCUAGAGCGAGGAUGGCCCUCGAUCGAGCGAGGCAUCUGGGGUUAGAUGUGGGAUCAUCUGGCGAGCGACCGGGCUCGCCGCCAAACGAAGAGGAGGAGGACGAGGAGAUGGACUUGGACGCCGUGAUCGCCGCCGCCGAGGCUGAAGCUCAGGGUCUGGCAGGACAGGGAGGAGAAUCGUCGGCUUCGAAAGGAAAGGGUAGAGAAGAGCCAGUCGAUGCUGGGCACGAUAUCCCGCCCGAAUUCGAGGACGACGAGGAAGACUGGGCGGCGCUGGAUGGUAUGUAAUGUGACGAUGUAUGCGGGUAAAGUCCUUUCCGCGAUUCCAUACAACUGUUUCGUAGCAUAUAAUAUAAAAAAUUC